UAGGAAAGUCUUCAGUAUGACAACUACUUGUGACGAGAGUACCCCUCUUAUCACCAGUAAUCCUCAAUCUCCGCCUUCUCCCCCUAAAUGGAAUGUGUUCUUCAUCAUGGCACUAUUUGGACUGACUUAUCUCAUACCCUUUGACAUGGUUUUCACUGCUAACGGUUACUUCAGAGCGAAAUUCAGCGAAACCGGAGACGAAUCCCUCAUCCAGAGAUUUCCGUGUUAUUUCCAAGCUGGAGGGAUCACUACUCAAGUCAUAAUGAGCAUUUCCUCCAUGAUCAUCCUAAAACGUGUUCCAAUAGAACCGUUUGUAAUCGGGUGUAACAUAGUCACUCUCACUAUCUUCGUGGUCAUGACCAUCAUGUCCAAAGUGCCAACAAUCACCUGGCCAAUGACAUUCUUCGUGCUGACCACCUCAAUGUAUUGUGUGGCAUGUGGGGCGGGUGCUAUGUACAAGUCUGGGGUGAUGGCCAUUGCUUCCAUGCUAAACCCCAAAGCAAUCCAGGGGUUUAUCCUUGGGCAAAGUGCUGCGGGUGCAGUUAACUCACUGAUUAGCUUGAUAACCCUGUCAUUUCCCCAUACUGAUGUGCUACAAGCUGGUUUCUGUUAUCUCCUCGCAUCUUGUAUCUGUCUGGCUGUAUCCCUGUCCGUCUACAUUCUUAUCUUCAACAAGAUGCGCUAUGUCAGGAACAACACCAUUAGAAAAACAGAGGUUGUUCCAUCUGAUCAGGAGAGUUUACUGGAUACCAGUACCAGUACUACAAGUACAUCCGAUGAUGAAACAGAGAAGGCAACUUUCACGGCAGUACUGAAAGCAAGCUGGCAGUUCUGUGCUGCUAACUGCAUAUCCCUCAUCAUCACGCUGCUUCUAUUCCCCGCUGCUAUCUCCAAUCUACAACCCUCGGACCCCACCAAGAUGCCCCAGUGUGUUUACAACAUCAUCAUCUUCAUGACCUUCAGUGUUGGAGAUGUGUUGGGUGCUCUCACUUCCACUUUCAUUGCCCUCCCCAAGAAGCUCGUCCUUCCCUUCUCCAUCCUCCGCCUCAUCUUCAUCCCUCUUAUCUUCAUGUGCAACCUCCAACCCCGUACUGUUCCUGUUUGGUUCGUGGCUGAUUAUUGGCCAGGUCUGUUUUACUUUACCAUGGCGUGGAGUAACGGUAUAGUGCUGUCCAUUGCUGCUACCUACUGUGCUACUUCUGUUGAAUCCAAACUUGCAAAGUCCAUAGCAGGGACGCUAAGUACUUUUUCAUGUGCCUUGGGACUUGUUAUUGGGAGUUUGUUGGUGUUCCCCAUGCUUUCUCUUUUAAAAAUAAAAUGAUCGCAGAUUUUUAUUUUUACAUAGGUUAUAUUAAAUACCGUUUUAAUCAGUUUUUGUUAUCUGUACUUUAUAGUAGCGUAUGAAUCCAGCUUUAACAACAUCUCUACCUCCCUGCUCUUUAAGUUUAACGAGGUUUUAUAUAAUACAAGGAUUGAUUUAUUAUUUAUAUCAAGCAUAUAUUAUCAAAGGUUUUUAUAAGUCCAAGGGUUAUAAUAUACCAAGGGUAUAACUUAUAAGUAUCAAGGGUAAAUAUAUGUAUAUUAAGGGUUUUGAUAAAUAGA